UGUCUAUAAUUGAGUCUUUGAAUUAAUCAACUCUUUUAAUAGCUUUCAAUGGCUUCUAAAAGCAAUGCUAACAAAGUUUUAACAUCGACUGACUCCGAGGACUACGACGAGAUUGUGGCCAAACAGGACCCGCAACGGGAGGCUGUAGUUCUCAAACUCAAAAAGGUAUUUCGCGAACUGCUUGAGACCAUCGGUGAAGACACCGAUAGACAGGGACUCAAACGGACCCCCGAAAGAGCUGCCAAAGCGCUCUGGUAUUUCACACACGGAUAUCAUGUGAGACUCGAUGAUCUCCUAAACGAUGCCAUUUUCAAUGAAGAUCACGACGAGAUGGUCAUUGUUAAGGAUAUUGAAAUGUAUUCUUUAUGUGAACAUCAUUUGGUGCCCAUCUAUGGACACGUUUCCAUUGGAUAUUUGCCUAAUAAAAAGGUAUUGGGUUUAAGCAAACUGGCCCGGGUUGUCGAAAUGUUUAGCAGGAGAUUGCAGGUCCAGGAAAGGAUGACUAAACAGAUAGCCGUUUGUAUCACAGAAGCCAUAAAUCCGGCUGGAGUUGGUGUUGUCAUUGAAGCCACACACAUGUGUAUGACUACGAGAGGCGUACAAAAAAGUCAAAGCAAAACAAUAACGAGUGCUAUGUUGGGUGUCUUUCGUGAAGAUCCUAAAACUCGUGAGGAAUUCCUAACACUUAUCAAACAUUAAUGAAGUAGGGAUUGGACAUCGAUGGCAAAUAAUAUUUAAAUAUUAAGACAUAUGUGUUGAUUUCAUUAUAUAAUUAGUUAUUAUAAGAAAUGAAGUAAUGCAUUGAUUUUUUGAAGUUUUUCUUUUUUUAGUCACGAAAUAAUUAAUUAGUAUAUUGUAGUUAAUGUAAUAAUAGUAAAACAAUUGAUUUGAAGAAAAUGAACUUUGUUUUUAGUGUUACAAUUGAUUGCUUUUGAAAGUUUUGUCGAUAAUUAUUAAAUGAUUAAAUGACAUGAUAUUAAUUGUUAUUUAGACGAUAUAUAUAUAUCUAUAAAUAAUAUUUACUGAAUCACUAAACAAAAAUAUUGUAAUAAUUCCAAAAUUAUAUCAAUAUAUCUGUAUAAUUCAUUAAUAAAUAAUCGUUAAAAACUUACAGAUUUGCUAUAAUCACCAAAAAAAAUUUUGAAUAAAAUUUUGACAAUUUUUUUUGGUA